GGGAUCAAUGCACUGACUUUUCGAAGUUGCAGAGUCUCAUGGUCCACAGCCAUGUUAAUACUGGCGAACUUCUUCGGUUGACGACUCAUGCCGAUUGUCGUCGCUUAGAGAUUUGGUCCUCCAUAUCAUGACGGAUGACAUUGAUAGACCUUCUGACCAGUCUCCCGGAGGCAUUGGAAGUCCUGCUACUCUCUUUGCCACCUCUUGAGACUCUGAAGUUGACUGGCAUCUUCGAACCGCGAUCAAUCGCUCUUGCACUUGGCCAUUGCGGUCCUCAAUUACGGCGUCUCCUCUUCUCAUCCAUAGCAAUGCUAUCAGCGGAUUCAUUCCAACAAAGUCGGUUUUUACUCGCAAAUCCGGGGUGCCUUGACACUCUACGACACGUUUGUCCUACUUUGGAGGAAUUCUCGCUGUGUAUGUUCCGCUCACAGGGCAAUGCCGAAGAGGUUGUUACUUACCAAGCGCUGAGACGGCUACCUUCUCCUCGCAAAGAGCAUCUAUCUGUUCUCUGUCCACAGUCACUCACCUGGAGCUGGAGGUCCUGCCAAGAGUUUGCGGAUGCAUGCGAAAAUGGUCAAACAAUCGAUACAAGCACAAAGGAUCAACUGGACAGCGCACUAAUAGCAAUGGACAAGAAUCUUGCCCAUUCGGUCUUCAGCCUCAUCUCCAGGUCGAAGCCUUGUUACGCUCGACGCUUCGAGAUACUGGAGCUUCGAAAUGAGGGCCUGAGAGGCCAUGGUGGCAAUAAUUGCGACUUACUCGAAGUACUACGAUACAUCACGCGCUCAUGGAUCUGCACCGGAAGUCAACGUGACGAUAAACUCCAUGAGUGUAUCUCUAAAGAAUAAGACGUGCAUGAGAGAAAGGAAAGGGAAGAGGCCGAACGGUGGGACGAGUUACCAAAAUUGGACGAUUCACAAUGGGCACAAGCUCUUUGUCGAGUGUGGCCUAGAUGUCAAGACGGUGACUGGAAGACAGAGUGGCACAGCUUUGUCUUGGCUUGUUAAUCAGCUGAGC